GUGCAAUCCUUUCCUCAUUGGUGUGUAUCGGAUACACGCCAAGUCAAGGUUUAACGAUACGUUUAUGAUUGAAUAUUGUACAGUGCAUCGUAAGUACCGCUGGUAGGGUAUUUGUUUCGUUUUGUAGAGCCUCCGGUCGAACUGGGCGUGUGUGAGGAGAUGUGGGUAUUCUUUAUGUGUUGCUAGUGUAUUUAAGGAACUCAUGUAUAAAACUAAUGCGUAUUUAUAUAAGUAAUAUGUAUAUACUGUCCUCUGCCAUCAUGCAUAGUUCGCCAUAACUAAUUAUCUUGUGCUUGAUAUUUAAGUAUACUGUGGAAAUACUUUAUACUACCCAAUAAUUAUACAUUUUAUGCCUAGUCUGUUUUAAUCAUAAUUUUAAUUAUUUAGCCUCCAGAGACAUGUGCGUAUGCAAAUAUUCCAUUGCUUUUAUCUAUUGUGAAGAUCUCGUGAACUUUUCCAGUAUAAUAGUAGUAUGUUCAAUGUUUUUGUAUGAGUUAUUAAAUUAAGUAAUAUAAUGACUUAAUUACCAUACGGUGUACAUUACAUGGGGCCCCACAUUAUUAAACAGCAGUUAUAAUUUUGAAACAUGCCAGAAUACGGUGAAAUUAAAAACAAAAGUCGUCCGUGGAUUGAUCAGAUUCAAUCGUUCAAUGAAUUUUAUCGGGAAGAAGAAAACAAAGUAGAAGUUAGCCCAAGAAUAAAACUGGGAUGGGUCAAAGACGUGUUGAUUCCAUGUCUACUCAGCAUCUGGGGCAUGAUGCUUUUCUUGCAGAUGCCGUGGAUUUUAGGACAAGCUGGAAUAUUUCAUUCAAUUAUUAUUAUUUUUAUUUCACUGAUUAUUAUUCUAAUCACCACUUUCUCAUUAUCAGCGAUCAGUACGAAUGGAAAAGUAAAAGGAGGGGGUCUUUAUUUCAUUAUUUCACGAACAAUUGGUCCGGGAUUCGGAGCGUCCAUUGGUAUCCUAUUAGCAUAUGCGAACAUGGUUUCUGCGGCUAUGAACAUAUUCGUAUUUUCCUCCUUUCUAUGUGCAUCUCUACAACCAAUCAUAGAUAUGAAUGAAAUACUACAUUCAGAAUUAAAAUUCAACGUAUUAGCAAUCUCAAGUAUAAUAACGAUGAGUAUACUUUGUUGUAUCAGCAUGGAUAAAGAAAAAAGAGUACAAAAUGCUCCCCUGAUAGCUAUAAUUUUCGCUAUUUUUAACGUUAUUAUUGGCGCAUAUAAUGGUCCAAAAAAUACCUUGGCCCAGGCAGAAGGUUUCACUGGACUUGACAUGAAAACCUUCAAACAAAAUUGGUAUCCAAACUAUAGGCCUGAAUAUUACGGUCAACAAUCUUUUUUUACAAUUUUCGCAUGUUUCUUUCCAUGUGUAACUGGUAUACACAAUGGAGUAAAAUAUUCAUCGGAAAAACUUAAAGAUCCUAGUACUUCAAUACCAAAAGGAACAUUAUUAUCGAUUCUUAUUACUACAACUACGUAUAUUGUAUUAAUAGUAGUUACUGGAUCAGUUCAAUUGAGAGAAGCGAGUGGCAUUGAAAACGAAUUUCAAAAUGGAAAUUUUUCAAAUUGUUCGGAAAGAUUUUGCCCUAGUGGAUUGUACAAUAACGUUCAUGUAUUCCGGUCGAUUUCGUUAUGGCCGUAUACUGUAAUCAUCGGUUAUUUAGCAGCUUCCAUUAGUAAUGCUGCAUCCGCAUUAACAUUUGUUCCAAAGUUGUUACAAAGAAUGGGGCAAGAUGAUGUUUAUCCACUUCUCAAGUAUUUAGCAAAAGGUUAUGGAAAAAGAAAUGAACCCUAUCGGGCACAUGUUUUAGCCAUGAUUGUGACAACAAUAAUAUAUUGUUUUAUAUAUUUAUAUAUAGGAACUUUUUAUAGUAUUUGCUCAUGGAUCUCAGUUAUGUAUUUAUCUGCAUACGCUAUGUUAAAUUUGUGUACAUUUCAUGUUGCAUAUUUUAAGCCUUUAGGCUGGAGGCCAACAUACAAGUUUUAUAACAAAUGGUUAAGUCUUGCUGCAUCUAUAACCUGUAUUUUAGUAAUGAUAAUUAUUGGUAAAAUGAAGUCAACAAUUGUUGGUUGUGCUGUAUGUAUUUUGUACAUACUUGCUGGUAGAAAAAAUGAAGUGAUAAAUUGGGGAUCUUCUAUGCAAACACAACAAAUAAAAACAGUUGUAAGAAACGUGUACAAAGCCGAUACCAUUCAAUACCAUACCAAAAAUUAUUUACCUAAUUUGAUUGUGUUUACGGGAAAACCUGAGUCAAGAAAAAAAUUAGUUUCUUUAGCUCAUUUGAUAACAAAGAAUAAUGGUGUACAAAUGUGUGUCAAUGUUGAAAAGAUAUCGCUUACACCAAGACAAAAGAAAAUAUGCCUUGAUGAAGGAAAUCAGUGGCUAAGAAGUUCUGGAAUAAAAUCCCUUUAUGUUGUCAUUGAUAACAUAGAAUUGGACUUAGCAACGCAUAUGAUACAUAGCUGUGGACAUGGACAAUUAAGACCAAAUAUAGCAAUGGUUGGAUACAAGUCUGAUUGGUUAAAUUGUCCGUAUCAAGAUCUUCAAACUUAUUUAAAUAUUUUCAAUGUGGCAAAUAUGAAUAACAUGUCAACAAUCAUGGUCCGUGUGUCAUCAACUGAGAGUUAUGAUGAUCAGAAUUUAUUAACUCAAGAUGUUAAGCAUAAAAAUGAAGAAAUCCCGAGUAAAACCCAAGCAAAUCAAAAUAUUAUAAAUCAACAAAAGGUGGCUGAUUGCAUUGUAAAAAUAAAGAACGAGGAAUUUUCAUUCGAGCAGAAAAAACGAAAUCAUGGAACAGUAGAUGUGUGGUGGUUGUACAACGAUGGAGGUUUAUCGCUAAUCAUUGCAUUUAUAAUAAAACAUACGUGGAAAAAUUGUAAAUAUCGAAUUUAUGGAGUUACAAACAAAGUUGAAUGUUUGUCUGAAGAAAAACACAAGUUAAAACAAUUGUUAUCACUGUAUCGAAUUGAUUUCGACUACUUGGAUAUAAUUUUAGCAAACACUGCUAGUCCAACAACAAUGACAUAUUUCAAUUCUUUAUUGGAACGCACAGAUACCAAAAUGAAUCAAUUUGAUGAUUUCAAUUUACAAAAACAACAUAUAGCAGAAACAUUGUUUUUGAGAGAUUUAAUGGAAUUACAUUCAUUUAAUUCUGAUCUUAUUAUCUUAACGACUCCACAAAAUAACGAGGAAAUCAAUAUAAUAUUCAUGUGUUGGAUAGAAACGAUUUCUAGAGGGUUACCACCAUGUAUUAUAAUCAAUGGGAGUACUCAGCCAGUUCUUACCGUCAAUGCUUAACCCAUAAACAAACUUAAUAUGCAUACAUUUUCCUUUAAUUAUGUAUACAAUCACGUACUAUUAAAUUUCUUUUCAGAUUAAUGGAUAUGUAGACAUUGCGAAGUUUUUUCCUUUUACUUGGGGCUAAAUUUAACUAAGAUCAUUAAUCCAAACAAUUUCGAAAUCUUAAUUUUAUUACGUGACAUAGACGUGAUGUCUUAAACUCGAAAGAAUACAUUUGCAUUUCUCUAACACGGCCAAGUCGAAAAUAGAAAAAAUAUUGAAACAUCACAGAGAAGUUGAAUGUGCUCCAAGCCUCAAUAUCAACCCUAACUCUGUCUAUACGACUCAAUUAGACUAAUUCUUCGGUCUUCCGAAUACGCCUGUGGUAAAUUAUUAUUUUAUAAGAAGUAAUUAUAAUCACAAAUAUUGUUCCAUAUACCCAGGAUUAUUUCACUUAUCCACUUAUAAAAAUAAAACAUUUUAUUUUGAACACAACAGAAUUUUAUAAUUUGAAAUAAAAAAAAGUGGGUUAUUGGAUAUCGCUCUACCAUACAUUAAGUGUCUAAGACUCUAAGAAGUACAGUAAUGGAUGGUAUUAAAUUCGAAUUGAAUGAUAUCAAAUCAUUGUAUAUUUGUAUACUAA